AUGUACUCGCGCUCCUUCUUCCGAGCAACAUGGAUCACCACCGGUCUGGAUGCUGGAUUUUGGACCGCGAUGAACAUAAAGCCAAAAUGGCUACGAGAUAUAGCGUCACUGGUCUUCACGGCUUACUAUCUGAUUGCCGCUGAACAGGCCGACGAGAAAGUUCGCCGGGUUCGUGCUACCCUGACACUGGAGCAUCUGCGCGUGUCUUGGAACAAAGCCACCAGCCCCUAUCUGUGGUCAUUGGCGAAAUUACUACGGCCACGAAUGACUCAGUUCCCGGCUCGAGCGAUUCGCAUUCCUCGCCCGGCGCAGUCUGUUUAUACCGAACCAGUGAAUGCGUGGCUGUAUUUCGACGGCCCGUUAAGUGCGCUCCGAGAUCAGAGUCUCAUCGUGCUGGAUGUACCUGGUGGUGGGUUUGUGGCUAUGAGUCCCAGACACUCAGAGGAUAAACUAUUGUCUUGGGCGGGACGGCUCAAGGUCCCCAUCCUCAGUAUAGAUUACAAGAAGGCACCAGAAUUCGCAUACCCGUAUGCUAUGCAUGAAUGCUACGAUGUGUACCAUAGUAUCAUUUCCACGAAUGGUCGUUGUAUGGGUCUGAGUGGUAAGACCCGUCCUCGGAUCUUUGUCACUGGUGAGAGUGCCGGUGGGAAUCUCGCAGUGGGUAUGACCUUGAUGGUGUUGCAGUCUGCGAUAGCUCAGGGCUGGCGUGGAGAGGAUGUCCUCCCAGCCCCGGAUGGUCUUGUUUUGGGAUACCCUGCGUUGAACAUGAAGGUUGAGAGCUGGAUGAGCGAUGAACAGAUGUCAUUGAUCCAGGAUAAGAGCACCCGUCAGACAAACCGCAGUGUUUUGCAACGAAAACAGGAUGAAUAUCGUAAACUCACACCAUUCACAUCGCCAGGGCACUCGGUUGAGGACCUGACCGCUCUCUCGCCACCGGAGAGGUCAAAGGAUAACAAAGAAACCAAUGUGGCUGCUGAAGCUGCUAAAGCGUUGGAGAAGAAACUCCAAAAGAGCGAGGACGUAGCCCCGAAACCUGUUGCCAAAGCAGAAGGCGACGUCAAACCAAUCAAGACUAGACUAGCUGUCUCGUCGAUGAUCACCUACGUCCACGACCGUAUCCUCACACCUGAAAUGACGCGUGCGAUGAUCAUUCUAUAUAUUGGACCCCACCAUCGCCCCGACUUCAACACCGAUUUCCUUCUGUCUCCCGUCCUGGCCCCAGAUGCUUUACUUGCCCGCUUUCCGAAAACAUAUAUCAUGACCGGAGAGCGAGAUCCUCUGGUUGAUGACACGGUCAUAUUUGCAGGCAGACUGCGUCAAGCAAAGCUACAUCACUUCCGUGAGCGCCAGGACCUGGGAUUGGAGAGGUCUAACCGCCCCUUCAACGAGAGAAAUUACGUCGAGAUCUCCCUGAUCCCUGGCAUCUCACACGGAUUCAUGCAGAUGGCUGGUUUCUUCCCUGACGCGUGGAAAUAUAUCCACCGCAGUGCAGACUGGCUUGAGGCAUUGUUCCAGAAGAUCAAGACCGACGACUUGGAGGCUGAUUUACUUUACCCUGACCGGGAGGUGAAUGCUUUGAACGCCAAUAUUUCCCUUAAAUGGUCCAGCUCUGCAGAGAAAAAAGCAAACUCUUCACACAGUGGGCGCAACCACCAUCGCAAGUUCACUGGCGAGUCUUCUGGUGAUGACGAUAGACCAUUGGAAAUGAGCAUGAGCAAGAUCACAUCUGCUGCUAGUAGCGAGGAUGCACUUGCAUCAAAGUCCGCACCUCGCACGCGUCGGAGGAGAUCGCAUUCCUCUUUUGCUUCUUCACGAGUUACUGGGUUUACAUCGUUGGGAGAUGAUCGAAAUGCCAAGGAGGAUUUCAUCGCUAAGCUUCGGCACUUGGAGAGAGCGGGUCGUUCUCAAGAUCCUUUUGAUCCCGAUGAGACAAAUAGUGCGCCUGAAAUUCCGCGUGCGGUGCGUCCGAGAGGACGUAGUUUUGCUUCUCUUGAUAGUGAAGAGGAUUUGUUGGAUCGUCGCAUGAACGGGCUUGCUGGUGGGUUGAUGGGCAUAGGGGAAGGGGCUCAGACUCCUGGACUUUGA